AUGUUCUCACCCGAAGAGGAGCCACAAGACUUAGAUUCCUUUUUCAAUCCGUCGAGCCUCUCGCGCGCACCUUCCAUCUACACGCUAUCCCGCGUAUCGUUUACCAGUCAAAUUGGCCAGCUCACCUCGAUCAAGCUGCCACAAGCGGACUCCUUGUCGGCCGGUAUCUCGGCAAUUCCUACAUCGGCUGCGGCGGCACGAGCUUUGAACGAAGCUGCGGGACAAAUAAAAGUUUGGGUGGCGAAGGCGUCGGAGGUUCUGAGCGGCCUAGAUGCGGAGGAUGAUGUGGAAUGGUCGGCCGCUGCUGGCAGGGAAGGCCUGGACGAAGUCGAUGGUGCCAUCCAAGUCUUCGAGUCUCUGAUCAAGGUGUUUGUCGUUGCGAUUGAGGAACUGCAGACCAGAGAAGACAUUGGCAGCUUGUCGACAAAGGAGCUCAUGAGGCUAGUAGAAGCGAUGGAAAGCAUACUCGGCGAUUGGGCGUGGAUCAAGCGCACGCUACAGGAAGUCAAGGAACAAGUAGAGAUCGCCAUGGAGUGGGAAGAACUGUGGAGCACGGUUUUGGGCGAGAUUGGGCUCGAGGUCGAAGCACUGAGCAGGCUCGUCUUCGAAAUGGAAGAGCGCAGACACCGGAGCGUCAUGGCUGAGAGCGUUACGGACAAUGGGCUGGAUAUCGAGUCUUUGGAGACAAUUGUGGAGGAAACGCCGCCGAACAACAGGCCCGUUGCCAACAACCGUUACAGCCUCCCAACCUCAUUUGCCGCCACGCCGGCCAAGUCGCAACCGAGCACGUCGCAUGAAGACUCCAGCUUGCUAGCUCUCUUCGCGCGCAUGCAGCCCCUACGCGCCUCUCUAGAUUUCAUUCCGAUGCGACUCGCUCAGUUUCAAAUGCGCGGCCAGGACGUGUUCCCGAGCGCGUGUGAGGAACUGGAGAACCGGCGCCUGACUCUGGAAAAUCAGUGGAUGAAGCUCGAGCGCGACGCCGAGUCAUUGAGGCGAGAAUUGGGCGAAGACAGAUGGAUUCUGGUGUUUCGGAACGCGGGUAACCAGGCACGAAAGAUGUGUGCGUCGGUCAAGAGGAGCAUUGCGAAGCUGGAAGAAGCAUUGGACUCUGGCGAGCAUCACUACGACCUCCCGGCCGCAGCGAAGAAGAUUGAGAGUUUCCAGGCGAAGAAGAUGCACUAUGGCCCUGCCAUUGAGCGGGUGCUGAUAAUCAUCGACAAGGGUGUCAAGGAUCGUCUGACUGUCAACGGCGAGAUUCUCAGGCUGCAGGCGGACAUGCGGCGUACUUGGGCCGGGCUCGAGGUUGAGAUGCAGAGCAUGGAGCAGCGCAUGGAGGAUUUCAAUAUGAACGACAGCCAGCACCUCAGAGACUCAAUCUCGACCAUCUUGUCUAGCGAGCGCUCGGUUGGCAGCAGCGUCAUAGAUAGGAGUACCCCCGGCAGCUCACCGGCUUCGUCGGUCGUGCUGAUGAGUCGCAAGGAGAGAGAGCAGGAGCAGAGGCUGGCGUUCAGAUCGAACCGACAAAGCACCUACGGAAGGUCCACGCCUACUUCCUACGGGAGGUCCACACCUGCUUCCAAGAAGCGGUACAGCAGCCUGCCCGUUUCCGGAGCUACUCCGAAUCAGCGCAAGACAACCGUCUCACGCUCCAGCGCUGGAGAGAGAAGCAUGUCGGCAGCUAGCCACCGCUACUCCAUGGCCACGCCGACGCCCAACCGCACUUCUCGCAUAAUUCCCACGCCUACGCCUCAGUCCAACAAGCCACGCUGGAACAACUCAGUCAACACCAAAGGCACGCCCAUCGGCCACAACUUCAAGCCCCUCUCGACCACGACGCCUUCGCCGUACCGCAAG